AUGGAAAGCUUCUACCAUCACCCUUUGGGUAUUGUGGCCUAUGUCGCUCGCUUGAUGCAGUUUGUCAGUGCAGUCGUCGUUCUUGGCAUAACAGCAUGGGCAGUACGAGACACGAAAACCGUCACGGUCAUCUAUUCUUUGGUUAUUGCUGCUUUGGCUGUGGUCGUUUUACCUCUGUCAAUCGCUACUAGCUUCAUUAUAAGACGUGCCCCAUGGCAUAUUUUCCUGUUACUUGCGACAGAUACUGUGCUUUCCUAUUUAUGGAUUACUGCCUUCAUUUUCUUGGCUCUCGACUUUAACCAGAUCAACUGCCGUAUCCUUCGUUGGAACGGCGAGGCGGUUUGCAGCCGAAAAUAUGCCGCAGAGGCAUUUAGCUUCAUUGCAUUGUAA